AUUACGGAGUAAUAUUCAUCCAAAUUUUAUUUUAAACAAAGAGACUGUAGAAACGGGACAUGGCCGGAGUAAAUUUAUCUGGGUAUAAAAAUGCCCAAAUGCGGACUCGUCUUCCCAUUUUCAUUCUCACGCCUGAAACCCGCGCGAAUUUUGUUGCAACAAACUCUGUUCCCUUCUCUCUCUCUACAAUUUUCAAAUUUCAGUCCUUUCUGGUGCUAAGUCGAGAUAACCGGAAAUGCAAUCGUUCAAAUCGGAAGAGCAGCUGCAGCUUGUGGAACGAGAAGAGAUCGACGAUGAAGAAGACCUGUUCGAAGCUAUUGAUAAAUUGAUCAAUCAUGGAAUUAAUGCUGGGGACGUGAAGAAGCUUCAGGAUGCAGGUAUCUACACCUGCAAUGGAUUGAUGAUGCACACCAAAAAGAACUUGACAGGAAUCAAAGGACUAUCUGAGGCCAAAGUUGAUAAGAUAUGUGAAGCUGCAGAGAAGAUAGUGAACUUCGGUUACAUUACUGGGAGUGAUGCUUUGCUCAAAAGAAAGUCAAUAGUUCGGGUUACAACUGGAAGUCAGGCUCUGGAUGAACUCUUAGGAGGGGGGAUAGAAACUUCUGCAAUUACUGAAGCUUUUGGGGAAUUCAGAUCCGGGAAGACACAACUUGCUCAUACUCUGUGUGUUUCUACUCAGCUUCCUACUAGCAUGAAAGGAGGAAAUGGAAAGGUUGCUUAUAUCGACACCGAGGGAACUUUCCGACCUGAUCGCAUUCUGCCAAUUGCUGAGAGAUUUGGCAUGGAUCCUGGAGCUGUUCUUGACAAUAUCAUAUAUGCCCGCGCAUACACAUACGAACACCAGUACAACCUGCUCCUUGGUCUGGCAGCAAAGAUGGCUGAAGAGCCUUUCAGACUUCUGAUUGUUGAUUCCGUGAUUGCAUUGUUUCGAGUGGACUUCACUGGAAGAGGUGAACUCGCUGACCGCCAGCAAAAGUUGGCUCAGAUGCUCUCCAGACUCAUUAAAAUUGCUGAGGAAUUCAAUGUUGCUGUUUACAUGACCAACCAAGUGAUUGCUGAUCCGGGAGGUGGCGUGUUCAUAUCAGACCCAAAGAAGCCUGCAGGAGGUCACGUGCUCGCACAUGCUGCAACAAUACGGCUUAUGUUCAGGAAGGGCAAAGGAGAGCAGCGUGUUUGCAAAGUCUUUGAUGCACCCAAUCUUCCCGAGAGCGAAGCUAUAUCCUUCCUAUUAAACAAUAUGAGUAUAUUGUUCAAAACUUUUACAUAUGCAUUUCAUAUUGUCUUUUGCAAUAUGAGUAUAUAAGUAAACAUAGAGUAACUAGCUAAAACGAAGGGGCCGUACAAGUUUCCUUGACCAAAAAAAGCACGUUUUUCAGAUAACACCAGGUGGAAUUGCAGAUGUCAAGGACUGAGUGAGGACUCCGGGAUGACCAUGCUAAUUAACUUCAUACGCAGUAUCAUAUUGUGAUAUCUAUAGUAUAUUUUAACGCUUUCAGUCAUUGUAAGAAAACUGUUUGAAGAAU